AUGAAAGGUCAUAACAACUAUCUCCAUCAACAACAAAUGAUUCAGUUUCAUAUGGGUCUUCAUGAGACUUAUGCUUCACUUCGUAUUCAAAUACUUUUAAUGGAUUCCCUUCCACCAAUUAGCAAGGCAAACGUUCUUGUCUUACAAGAUGAAACUCAACGUGAUCAAAUUGCAAUGGUCAUUCCUUCUAAUGAUAGCAGUGCUUUUGCUGCUCGUAUCUCUGCUACUUCU